AUGGCACCGGUAACAAGAAGGAAAUCAGCUUCGGCACCAAUCAAGAACGAUAGCCAUGAGGCUAAGACUAAGAAAACCCGAAAAAGCCCUCUAUCCCCACUCAAGAGUGCUAUCAAACGCCGACCGCAACCACCGGUGAGAACCAGAAGGGUUGCUUUUCAGGCCGAAGAUGAUGAAAAGACGGUCCGCGCCCAUCUUCCAACCACACCGCACCCAAUACUUCAUCAAAUGCAGUCCCCACCCUCGCAAGAGCCCUCCGCCUGGACAUCCAUUGACUGGAGUAAGAGGAAGGAACAGGAGAAACUCAUGAAACGAGCGCAAAGAGUCCUUGGUGCAAGGAAUAAGAAGAAUGCUAGGCUGCCAACACCGCCCCAGAGUCCUAGCGGCGGCAGGGCAAGUCCUUUUCACGAGCUGGAACGAAAUGAGAAAAGCGCAGAGAGCGCGGAGCAAUUAUUGGCGAGGCUUGACACAUCAACUGAAGCAGCAGAGUCGCCUAGAGAGGCUGGCUUUGUAAGACCGACCUCCAGACACGUCGACCUGGUAAGAGACGACAUUCCAGGUGAGCUAGAACUGCCAGCCACCAUCGACAACAUCUUGGUCGAGCCGACCGCCGAUAUCAAGAUGGAGGAGGUAUGCACGGCUUUCGACUUCCUGAAGACACAGAUUCAACGUCACGCUCGAGAGGUCUACGGUUAUCAUGCGCCUGCUAAAGAUCAGGCUCUGCCCUCUUUGACCCACCUCAAGGUAAAACACCGAGAGCUCUUCCAGUAUAUCCGAUACGUGGCAGAUGGUGACCAAUAUGGCUGGGAUAAGCUCAUCCAAACCGGUAGCCAGCGCGAAAACCUUGUCUAUGCGAUUGUCUCUCGCGCCCUCAUCUCGUAUGUCUUUGAUGCUGAGCUGUUUGGGGCCUCCCAGGAACAUCACGAGGCACUUCUAGAGAUGUGUCGAGAAUAUCUCCACUAUGACGCCUUCGUCCGUAACGGUCAUCGCGCAGAGAUCAUUUCUUCCAUCCUCCUCGACGAAGCCAAGAAGGACUCUGACUCCGGCGAGUCCCCGUACGCCUACUUCUCCACCGCCAUCAUCUCCCUCGAACGCCGCAUCAAUCUGCUACUCCAGCCUCUUCGGCGGGCCAGAUCUGCAGCCUCACCCCAGAGCCCCGAAGCAUCACUUCACUCAAUCCUCCAAGCCGCCCUAAAGGUCCACCUAGCAAUCCGUCUCUCCGGCUCAAACGGCACCGUCUACCGCUUUCAACAUCCACACAAACUGCAACCCUGGGACGCCAUGAACAUGAACUGCAUCAACCAACGGAAAACGGACCUGACCGUUCACGACGGCGAAGAACCUCUCGUCAAGAUAUCCUGUUUUCCAGCCGUCUUCGCCACCGUGCCUAGCGGGCCCAACCUCGAGCAUUUCACAGACCCGGACUUCGUGGAAGACUGGAAGAACACUGCGGAUCCGGACCAGGAGGACGGGGAGGGGAAACCGCUCAUUACGGAGUACCCCAUCACGCUGGCGGAUGUGGUGCUUGAGAACACGCCCAUGACGGAUCGCUCGGGGUUCGUCUCCUUGGAUCAGACGAUGCGGAGGGAGCAGUUGGCAAUGUCGGACCAAGCCUUCCUCGAGCUCACUGGGAUCAACCGCAAGAAAGUCGCUCGCAUCAACAAGAUGGCCAAACGUACCAGAAAGGCCAUGAAAGGGGUGAGUGUCGGCUUGGCUACCGCGCUGGCCGGUUGGUAUCUAUACCGAUAUAAAGAGAAUAUCGCGCCGGCCUUGGAUGGCUUGCUAAAGAAGAUCCCAGCGGAAUCCUUGCUGGGUGGUAUUGCGGCGACGGCGACGGCGACGGCAACAGCAACGGCAACGGCGACGGCAACAACAACGGCAACAACAACGACGUCACCGAAGCCAACGAUCACCGUGAUCAAACCGACCACCAUGACCGUCACGCCGGAGACGGUAGUGAAGGGGGCGGCUGCGGCAAAUGUCACUCCUCCCUGA